AUGGCGACCAACACAGCGUUACCCACCCUCAAGGAGCUGGAGGAGACUGCAAGAGCGGCGAUUGAUGCCCUGAAGCAGUAUCCUGAGUUUGGCAGUGCCAAACUUGCUAUCAUCGGAGGAACCGCCUUGUGGAAGUACAUCCCUAGCGGAAGGACCACCAAGGACGUCGAUUUCCUAAUCACUGUUUCUGGUGCCCCCCAGGCUGUGAAAACCAAGCUUCUCCAAAUGCCAAACUCCCGCUUUGCAGAAUACGCCCAGCUCUUCGUCUAUAAACACCCAAGCGGCAAAAACAUUCAAAUCGACUUCACCCCUGAGUGGCAGUCCGCAUAUGUUCCCGAAGCUGCAAAACCAAUCAGCACAAUCAAUUCGGCGGUCCUUCCAUACAUUUCUGCAGUUGAUCUACUUGCGCUCAAGAUCAAUACCUGCGGCAUGCGCCCGACAGUCGGCAAAAAGACCCAGGACGCCCUGGAUGCCAUGGCGAUCGCCGAGAAUAUCCUGGCACAAGGCCCGAUUGUGCUUACAAAUGUUCAAAAGGAGGCCGCAAGGGUUGGAAUUCAAGAUGUGGUGACUUGGAGCAAGCGACCGUCUACUUGGUGGAACCAGCAUUUGCAGCUCUGA